AUGCGCAUGUGCGACGUCAGCAGUUUUCCGCUGCCGUUCUUCCACCGGAUGUGAAUGGGCUCUGCUUUAGAUUAGUAGCGGUUUAAAUGGGUUGAACUGAGGAGAUCAGUGUAAAUGUUAUAAAAAAUAAUUCAGAGUGGAGAUCUCGGGAUGAUUGAGGUGGUGGCUAAACUCCUCCGGGGCCCGGUGUUUCUGACCGGUGAAGUGUUGGAGUGCGUUAUAACUUUCACCAACCCCAUUACUGCCCGCUCCACCUCGGCCAGCAGUGAGAUGCUGGCAUGGGCAAGCGCUCAGAUACAUUGCCAGUUUCAUACCAGUGAGAGUCGUGUUGCACUUCCACCCUCUGAAGACACAAAGCAUGAUGUGCAGGCCGAGAAUGAAACAGUUUUUGUUCCAAACAGAGGUGAGCGUGGAAAAUGUAUUCUAGCCACUCCACCCAAGAUACUGUUUUGCGACCUGAGACUUGAUCCUGGUGAAUCAAAGUCCUAUUCUUACUGUGAACCUGUGCCUCUUGAUGGUCCACCUUCUUUCCGUGGCCAGUCAGUGAAGUAUGUUUAUAAAUUGACAGUUGGUUGUCAGAGGGUCAAUUCUCCAAUCAAACUUCUCCGCGUUCCUUUUCGGGUUUUCGUUGUUUAUGGGUUAGAAGAUUACCAGUUUCCUCCAGAUGAAGCUGUCGCACCUACAAACCCAUUUUUGGAUGAAGAUGAGAACAUUAAAAAAGACACUAGAUUAGUAGACCUGGCAACAGAAAUGCUGAUGACCAGCACAUCUCGCCGUAGUCUUCAUUUGUAUAACAUUACUAAUAUCCGUGGGAAGGUUGGAAAGUUUUGCAUCUUCAAAACCAUCUAUAAAAUUGGAGAGGAUGUAGUGGGCACAUUUGAUUUCUCUGAAGGAGAUAUUCCAUGUUUGCAGUUUUCAGUGUCUUUACAAACAGAGGAGCAUGUACAGGAGGAGUACCAGAGAAAACCAGGGCAACCCGUUUCUCUUAGUACGCAUGCUCGGCACCAGGAGUCAUGUUUGCACACUGCUAAGACUCACUUCAGUUUACCUAUUCCACUUAGCGCCACACCCAGCUUCAUCACCAGUGUAGUGUCCUUAAAGUGGCGCUUACAUUUUGAGUUUGUCACAGCUCGUGAACCAGUGGAACCACCUACUGUACUUGAGAACCAAUCGGAAAUAAUUACUUGGACUGGGACAGGGAAAAUAGAUGUGGACACGUUCAGCUGGGAUCUGCCCAUGAAAGUGCUUCCAACCAAUCCUGUGCUUGCAUCUUAUGUGUCACAGUUUGCAUCUUCUAACUCCAUCAGUAUUUGAACUUCAUUAUUUUCUCUUCAGUUAAGGAGCAGCCCUUCGAAAAUUUUUCAGCUGCUGAAUUUAAAUGUCUGGAUUUUAAUAGCCUGCAAUUGUACAAUAAUAACAAGGAAUUACAUUUCCAUAGAUGCUCUAAAUGUAUUGGUUUAUGUACUGCUAAACAGGGGUUACUGGAAUAUAUCAUAAUGUGAGAUAAAACAUUACUGUGUGGAAGCGAACAGAAUUAUUUUUAUGAAAAAAAUGUGCAGAGCAGGAUUUACGGUGCCUAAAAUUUCUAUUAAUUACAUUGAAAAGUCAGAGGAGAAAAAAUGCAACUUGCAUAUUUUCUUCUAUUUUUUUAACUUCAAUUUCUUAAAUUUGAAAACUGGUUGAUCUGAAGAUUCUGUCUUGAGUAGAAGUAUUUUGCACAUACCAAGUGGUUUAUGGCUUUUGAAGUACUAGUAAAAGAUAUCACUAAAAUGUACUUUCUGUUUGGUUAUGGAUUUUAAUGUAACUAGUUUGAAGCCCAUGAAUACAGAGUACUGCAACUUUACAUUUGUACUCAUUCUAGUUUACGUGUAUAUAACUUUCAACACAUUCUUCACAUUUAGUUAGCUUGCUGUUCUUGAUAAUUUUACAUUUUGUAUUAAAGGUAUACUUUAUUUACUGUAUUGUAACACACCAGUAAAUAAAUCUUGUUAAUCAGUAUGCCAUUUAAUACAUUAAUUCACCUGUUAAACAAAACCAUUAUUUGUUUUGUGUAUCCCUGUUAGUAUCCACAAUGCCCCCAUGCGACUACAUUUUACUUAUUUUGUUUGGAUGCAUGGUAUAAACCGUUGUUGAAUCUAAAA